AUGACGUUUACCAACUCUCUCGGGUACGAAAUGGAAGUCAGCGCCAAUCAUGGCGACCUUACGCGUCUCCAAGCCCAACUUUCCCAAUGGGAAUCGCAAAACACAGAUAACAGCAUUCCCCUUGAAGAGCGUCUAGGCUUCAAGUUAUCGCCACCAGAAAUAGAGGAGGUGCAUCGGGCGCUGGACCUUCCAUUCCCCCCCGGUCCGUACCGGGAGCCGGAGAAAAUUGACCCCAUCUACUUCAUGCUCAAUCGGCUGAUGAUCCAGGCUGCGAAGAAGGAUCAGGUAAAUGUUAUUCAGUAUUUACUUGAGGAACGGCGGUGGGCAGUCUCGAGGAUUGCUGUGCGGAGGGCGAUGGCGACGUAUUCAUUUGCUGUGUUGGAGCUUUUUCAGGAGUUUGGAUGGGAUAUCAAUGAGCCGGUGUCAGCGUAUCAGUGUUCAAUAUUAAGGAAGGUUGUCAACAGCGAACCCCGCGUUCGGUGGUGCCUCAUCCACGGCGCAGACCCCAACUCUCAAAACAUUGGAAAAAACAUUGACGUGCUCAGCCAUGCUGGUGAAUAUGCCUUCAUCCCAGUACUAGAGCUCCUAGCUGCACACGGUGGUGACUUCCGCCGUAGCAACGCUUUACAUUGCGCCGCACAUGGUCGCGUAGGCUACAGCACGGAGGAGGAGCGCAUUGAGGUCCUGGCAUGGCUGCUGGAGAAAACCGGGAUUGAUAUAAACCAACGGAAACACGAGUUCUCGAGCAUGGAUUCGUGGAGAAGGGAUACGAUGGAGACAGCGCUACAUUGCGCGGUUAUGUCCAAUGCACUUGGCUGUGUGCGGUUUCUGUUGGAGAAGGGGAUUGACGCUGGAUUGAGAGAUUUUCAGGGUAAGACUGCGAGGGAUCUGGCGGUGGAAAAUGGGUACCAUGAGGCUGUGAAGAUUUUGGAUGGGCAGUAA